AUGACGGACGCCAUCGCGCGCGCGCACGACAUCGCAGCCAUCGCGUCCAAUAGCUCCUCCCACGACGUCGUGCGCUGGCACUCCCCGUUCGGCCCGGAGCUCCAGUACCUCGCGGCGCACCCGACGCAGACCGCGAUCGUCGCCGCGAUGCUCGCGUGCGUCGGCGUCUUCGUCCACGUGGCGCGGGAACGCGUCAACGCCCUGAAGGCGGAGUUCCUGAGCGACGGCGUCGACCUCACGCGCGUCGAGGACAGGAUAGACACGCUGCAGUACCUGAAGAAGAUGCACGAGCGCGGGAUGCUACCGCUCGGCCUGGAGGUGUGCGCGAUGAAACAAGCGGAGAACGAGGUGUUGUUCUUAGGCCCGGUGGGCGUGGAGAAGUGGCGGGCGUACUAUCGCGAGCGAGGGAUCGAUAUCGACGGCGCGGAGGACAUGAAACGCGUGCAAAAGUACGUUCGGGAUCUGCACUACCUCGAGGGGUGCCUCCUCGAGGUCGACGUCGAGUCGCUGAUGCUGUCCGACGGGAACUAG